AAACGGGUUGUUGUUGUUCAGUGUCGGUGGUGGCGGCGGCUGCAGACUGAGAGGGUGGAAGUCUGGUACCGGGUGUAUUAGCACACCAUGUUCCUGUCGGAUUUCCGGAAGGAAUUUUACGAUGUGAUUGUACAUCAGAGGGUAUUAUUACUUGUUGCCUCAGAUGUUGAUGCCCUGUGUGCCUGCAAAAUUCUUCAGGCCCUUUUCCAGUGUGACCAUGUUCAGUACACAUUGGUUCCAGUGGCUGGAUGGCAGGACUUGGAGACGGCAUUCCUUGAGCACAAAGAACAGUUCAAGUACCUGGUGUUAAUUAAUUGUGGUGCUAAUCUGGAUUUACUGGAGACACUGCAACCUGAUGAGGAUACUGUCUUCUACGUCUGUGAUACCCAUAGACCUAUUGAUAUUGUUAAUAUCUAUAAUGAUACACAGGUUAAACUGCUAAUAAAACAGGAUGAUGAUCUUGGUGUUCCUGCCUAUGAUGACCUCUUCAGGGAUGAAGAAGAUAAGAAUUCAGAGGAUUCAGGAAAUGAAAGUGAAGGGUCAGAACCUUCUGAAAAGCGCAGGCGAUUUGAUGAAGCAGCCCUGGAGAGGAGAAUAGAUCGAAGACGUCAGCGUCGGGAAUGGGAAGAGCGCAGGAGGGAGAUUUUGUUUGAAUAUGAACAAUAUGAAUACCAUGGAACUUCAUCUGCCAUGGUGAUAUUUGAGUUGGCCUGGAUCAUGUCUAAGGAUUCAAAUGACAUGUUGUGGUGGGCUAUUGUCGGUUUGACGGAUCAGUGGGUUCAUGACAAAAUCACACACAUCAAGUAUGUGACUGAUGUUGGCAUUGUGCAGCGUCACGUAUCCCGACACAACCAUCGCAAUGAGGAUGAGGAGAACACGCUUUCUAUUGACUGCAUGAGGAUCUCCUUUGACUAUGACCUACGUCUGGCUCUGUAUCAGCAUUGGUCACUUUAUGAAAGUAUGUGCAACUCCAGCUAUACCUAUUCCAAUCUCAAGCUGUGGUCCAUUCAAGGCCUGAAGAGGUUGCAGGAAUUUCUUGCAGAUAUGGGACUGCCUCUGAAAGAAGUCAGGCAGAAGUUUAACUCCAUGGACAUUUCGCUGAAGGAGAAUUUACAGGAAAUGAUUGAGGAAUCAGCUACUAAGUUUGGUAUGAAGGAUAUUCGAAUGCAGACUUUCAGUGUGCAUUUUGGGUUUAAAAACAAGUUCCUUGCCAGUGAUGUUGUUUAUUCAGCAGCUUCUCUACUUGAGAAUUUAGAGAAAGACAAUGGGAAUGAAAAUUUCAUCGAAGCCUUAGACAGUCUUUCCAGGAGUAACCCAGAUAAGCUACAACAAGGUUUGGAACUGGCCAAGCAGCAGCUCCGAGCCAUUCACCAAACAGUUGCUAGCUGCAUUUGCACUAACCUCAUCAUCUCACAAGGACCCUUCCUCUACUGUUAUUUACAAGAGGGGACCCCCGAUGUAAAGAUCUAUUCAAAGCCCAUUUGUUUGAAACUUCUGUGUAAACACUUGCUGAAGUGCUUUGUCCGUUCGACCAAAAACAAACGAUGUAAGGUGCUCCCGCUGGUCAUAGCAGCACCAAUGGACCUGGAGAAAGGAACAGUGAUCGUUAUUGGAAUCCCACCAGAAACUGAAAGCUCAGACAAAAAAAAUUUCUUUGGUAAAGCAUUUGAGAAGGCAGCAGAAAGUACAAGCUCACGGACUCUGCAUGACCACUUUGAUACUUCCAUAAUUGAACUGAAAACUGAGGAUCGUAGUAAAUUUCUGGAUGCAUUGAUCUCUCUGCUGACAUAAAUGUGAGUGCAACUUGCUGAAGCAGGAGUACCCAGUAUUUCUGGUCUUGCGUGGCAAUGACACCUCUGCAAACCAUCCUUGGAAAGUCUGACUCCACUUUGUGUCAGGUGUUCAUACUGUGCCCAAUGAACUUGCCAAUACAUUUUUGAAGUGGAACAUCUUGUGAAACUGGGGACAAAUUACUGGUUGUAGACCUGUCAACCAUCCUGUCUCCCUAUAGCGACGGCACCACAUAAAUGGCAGCUGAAAUCAAGGCUAAUUAUAAAUAGAUCCAGUAAACUUAUGACAGAUUAAAUCAUAUGCACUUGUAAGUUUUAUUGUUUAGGAACAAUGCAGAAUUUACAGGGACAUGGGUAUGGGAAAGCAAACAGUGAAAAAUUGUGCUGUACCUGUCGUAUGCUGUAAGCAUGAUCAAGUGAUUGUGAAUAGACUACCAGCUGAUGUUUAUAAUGUAGAUGCUUCACUAAUGCUGAUUAAUUAGUCAGUUAAAUAAUUGUUGGUAGCCAUCCCUUGAUUUUGAGAGUGGCAUCUACUACAGUCUUCAUGUGGCUGAGCAGGCUGGUUCUCAACCCUCUGAUAAAUCUCUGGCCACCUGCGGCAGGGUAUCCCUGGGAAAGUGGGAUCCUGAGUGCACAAUUUGUUUCCUUUCCUUUCUUCCUUUGUUGCUGCUCUGCCUCAUCGUUAUGGUGCUUGAGCAUGAGUUGGACACAAAUUAGCAUGAUGCAAUUUUGAUGGACACAUUUGUCACCAUUUGAAUGAUUGGUAACAAACUCCUCUUAGUCAUUUAAAGCAAUGUUGCUACACUUCAAGGAGGAGCUUCAGAAUGUUUUUGCAGUAUUUUUGUCCUGUCCUGACACUGCACAGGCAAGCAAUGUGAGGUUGAAAUGACUGCUAGUGUUCUGACAUUUUUAUUACAGUUUUUAAUAGAUCUUUUUACAGUGCUCUUUAUUUCAAACCCAUACUGCAAGAUUGAGAGUUUUUUAUGCUUAUCACUUGCAGCUACUUGUUUAUCCAUGAGCAUUUUUAUGAUUCUGUUUGGGAACCAUUCCCAUCAAUGGUUUGGUUUAAUAUCCUGGUAAUGGAAUGGAAAGUCAACCAAAGUUGCACCUAAAACUGAUUUUCUUGUCCCCCCCCAUUCCUGAAGAAGCAUGCUGUUUUGUAAAAGCAAUGAACUUUAAGACAAUGUGUUUGAGAGGCUUGAUAUUUCUUUAAAACUGGUAUGUCACUGAAUUCUCAUUGCCCAAACAAGUAUCUUGUAAUUUUUACUGUACAUUAAUUCCUUUAAUCUUAUGAUGUUCAACUAAUAUUUUAUGUUUCUCGUUCUUCAGAAACAUGCCUAGUGAUUUUUCACUUUGUAGGAAGAUGCAAGAUUGUUGUUAUGUAUUUGGUUCUGUAUUGUGUAAGGUGUGUAAAUUACCUCCCUGCCAUGUUGUCAUUUACUGGUUUUUAUAUUGAGUAUUUUAUUGUAAAUUGUGUAUUAUUGUAGGCAUGCUAUUUACCCAAAUU